GUUGUUGUAAAAGGCGGGAGGGCAGCGGGAAGGCUUGCCUGGCUGGCUUUUCUUCCAUGGCGGCUUCCCCAGAGCUGAGCAGCUCGGUUGAGCGUUGGAGGAGACGUUAUCUAAGUAGAGAGGCUUAUCUUUUGGAUGUAACACAAGCCAAAAGUAAAAGUAGAAGGGCCCUGAAAGUUGCAGGAGAUAACUCACCUGAUGACACAAUUGCAUCUAUACUUAUAAAUUCCUCACAAUCAAAGCUGUACUGCAGAAGAAAGCAUAACAGAAGAUUUUUGGACUCCUCAAAAACUUUGAAAAAAUUGGCUUGGCCAGAUGACGAGUUGGAUUCUUUGUGCGAUUCAGACCAGCUUCAAAUACAGCCAGAACCAAUUGGAGAUUUUCUUGGAAAUGGUGAAAUCCAAAGUGAAGGCAUAUAUUCAGAAGCAGAUAUUACUCUGCCAUCCACUUUAGGAGUGACUGCUUACUGUGAUUAUAAUAAUGAUGGUGAUCCAGUAAGAGACAACGUGAGCUUUUCUGAAACCCAAGAGUUGAGUGGGGAAAGCAUGGUGACACCUCAGUUCAAUCAAAUUUAUCAUGAAUUAUUAAUCAUCAAUCAGAAGCUACAGCAAGAAAAAUUAAGUCAGCAAGAGUAUGCUUUGAAACUUCAAAAGAGAGAACGUUUCAUAACUCAACGGGAAAUCCAGCUUUGUAGGCAUGAGGCUGCUUUGAUCAAGAUAAAGGGCGUUGAAGAGGAAGUUCAUACAAAAUUUCAAAUUAUGAAGGAGCAACAUGCAGCUGAAAUAAAGCAGUUGUCCAAUGUCUUGAAAGAAAAAAUAAAGGAGAACAAAAGGCUGAAGACAUCAUUUGAAACAUUAAAGGAGCUGAAUGACACCUUAAAAAAACAGUUAAGUGAUGUGACUGAGCAAAACAAGAAGCUUGAAGUCCAGUCUCGAAAAGUACAGGCUCGUUUAGAGAAUUUGCAGAGAAAGCAUGAAUUUUUAUCAGUACAGAGAUCUAAAGAAGCCACAUUCCAAGACCGUAAAUCUGUGAAGUUAGAAAGAGCAAUAGCACCAGCAAAGGCCUAUAAAUUACCACUUAAUCCACAUGUCUAUAACUUGUUAACGGUACUAAUGGACUGGAUCUCAGAGCAGCACCUAUGCAAAUUGAUUGUUGAUGAAGACAAAGAAAAUAUUCCCAAGCUAACAGGCACACUUGUUUCCAGCAGAAACUGUAUAAAGGAGAAAUGUGUCAAGCUUUUGCCUCUAGUUGUGGAACAACUUCAAUGGUUGCCCUUUGUGAAUCCUAACCUGCACUUUCCUGUGGUUAAGUGUAUUUACUGGGCUGUAAGGCAGUUAAAUGGAAAUACCCAGCAUACAGCAAUGACCUCAACCAUGAGACGGCUGGGUGAAGAUUUAUUUAAAGGUGUUGUCCCUAAGGAAAGUCAACACAAUUCUUCUGAACAUGCUACUGAUUCCAAGCCCAAGGCUGCAUCUUUCUUUAAAAGUUGUAAUUUAUCUUUACGAGUUGUAUCAACUUUAAUUAUAAUCAAAGUGGUCACACAAGCUGAUUAUUUGGCACAAGCCUUUGAUUCACUUUGCAUUGAUCUGAAGACAGAGGAAGGGAAAGUCUUGUUUUUGGACUAUCAAGCUGUGCCUAUUAUAUUGACUCAUCUAAGAAUAUCAAGGAAAGGCAUCCUUUCCAAUGCCAUUGACAGUUUACUUCAGAUGACAACAGAAUCUAGGUAUUUGAAUCGUUUUCUGGAAACCUGUAGUAAUGAACUCUUUUUCCGGACUUGUUCAGUGCUGCUUCGCAGUUCUAAUCUUGAUAUUCAGCUCCUGGAGAAACUCAGCAUUCUGCUCCAAAAACUUUCGAAAAUCAAGAGUAAUAAGAAGAUGUUUGAGCUCUUUACUCUCCAUCUGAUGAUUCAAGAACUACUGAGGACAGCACAUCCAGAUCACACGUUUUUGUGCAUUAACCUCAACUCAAUUCUCUUUAAUUUGGGAUUAAUAAAAAACAAUCCUAUUGAAAGUAAUGAAAAUGCAAGUGACUAGCAGGCUGCAUUUUAUAAAAUGUUGUUUCCAGUGGCUUGUUUAUGUUACAUGAAUUAACAAAAUGUGGAAUGGGAAUUGCCACAAUAGGUAUCUCAGUUGUACCAGUCUUCAGAAUACUAUUUUAGUUAGAACUGCUUUAAUAGGAAUUGUCUGUUUUAUAGUGCUAGAUUGCUUACCUUUAAGUACUUUAUUUGUUUUAGACUGGUCUUCAGCCAAAAGACAGCACCUCACAAUACAUUAUUCUUGCAAUGAGAACAAUGCCACCAAAGCUGAAUAGUAUCAUAUGGGAUAGCAUAUACCGUAUUUCUCCGAAAAUAAGACCCUUUCUUAUAUUUUUUUGAACCCUGAAAUAAGCACUUGGCCUUAUUUUUGAGGAAGUCUUAUUAUUUUGGAGCGUAUGGAGAAAGAUGGGGCUCCUCCUUGCCAUCUUACCUGAUUUCCAGCUCUGUCAUGGACAGAGGACAUGGUGGGAACCAGCUAUUUUCGGGGAGGCUAUUUUAGAGCGUGCACUCAAAAGCCAGAUUGGGCUUCUUAUCUGGGGAGGGCUUAUUUUCAGGGAAACAGGAUAGUAUCAUUUUGCAUAAGUAAUCUUGCAUCCACUAGGGCAGGGCAGGCAAUCAGUAUGCAGAAACCACACUUUGAUUUUUCUUCCCUUCCACAAUGCUUGAAGCAUGACAGUGAUGGGGCCAUAUUUCAGCCCAUUUUCUUGGUUCAUUUGGGGAACAGCUAAGAGAUAAAAUAUGAGCAUUGCAGAGUUUUCCAGAAGUUUAAUGCAUCCAACUUUGUUUAGAAACCAUGAAAAAAUCAUGGCACAAAGUUUUGAAAGUUAACUGGAGCCAGAGGAGUGGAGUUGAAUGUCUGAUGACCUGCAGGUUGAUCACUAGGACAGUACAAAAAGAAUCAGAAUAUUUUUACCUGGGCAGCUGGGCUUUCUCUAGAGAUGCUCAUUUUCUUCCUCAUAACACUUGACCCCAAGGUAUCUGAUAAUUGACAGAAUCAGAUUUCCCAGCACUUAUUGCAGCAAUACAAUGAGAAAAUACUGUAUAACCAUUGAGGUCGAUGGUAUGUCCUUUCAUUAAAUACACGUUUAGCUGUUUUGUGGAGGCUAUUAGUAGCUGAAAAGAUUUUUGUUGGCCUAUGAAAAGAAAGCAUUGAUUCUUAGCUGAGUUUCCAAGAGUACUUUUGUCAGUGUUGGAAAUGCCCCAAACCUGAAUGUGGAGUACCUGAAGACUGUUGCUGUGUGAGACAUCCUUAGAAGAAGCCUUCUUUUCUUCAGACCAUUUCAGAUAAUACACAAUAAUAAAAAUGUGCAACCUUUGAAACUUAUUUUAAAUACAUCCUUCAAUGCUCAAAUAUUUAAGGUAUAUCUUUAAAGAACCUGAAAACAUGCAGCUGCUUUAAGGAGGCACAUUAAAAGACACAACUGCUUUAAAGAGAUUCUGUGCCUUUGCUCAAAUGCAUUCCAAAGAACCUUUUUUGAAUCAUUAUUGAGCAGAGUUUUUUUUCCCUGAUUUCUUUGUUAGAAAAAGCCCAGUUAUUGAAAACAGUCUUGACAGACACUAAUUUGUUUUUUCUGAUAUUUUCUAUACGAUAGGCUGGGUCUCAUAAGGGUCACAAAAAGAUUUAUCCUUUAUGUGUGUUUAUUUUUUUAUUGUCAUGUUACAGUGACCACUCCGAAAUGUCUUUAUGUAUCAUUUUAAUGUAAUAAAAUUACAAUUUAAAAUCA